GUCAUCGCUCAACUUUAGUCGCGUUCGUUUCGUUCCGCCGAGUUGUUGCGGUUUGAGUUGUCGUUGUUGUUGUUGUUGUUGCGCCUUUUUUGUUUAUGUUAAUUCGAUCGUGUUCGCUAUUUAUUUAUUUKGUUUGGAUUAUGCCGCAUUGGCAAUAAAUUUUGGUCAAUUUAUUGUGCACGAAAUUGAAAUCGCAAAAGUUCCUUCCCACAGUCAUCAUGGACGGACAUACCUGAUACCUGUGUUUGUUUCUUUCUGAGAGUGGAAGGCAUUUAUUAAGCGUUUGCAGCUAUAAAGGGUCAAACCGGUUUAGUUUAGCCAGUUGCCCAGUUAUUCAGUCAUGGAUAUUGCUGCGGACACAAGCACAGCUUCCAUCUCGGCUUCCCUGCAACGUGUUGCUUCACAGUCGAGUCUCGUCCAGGCUGCAGCGCCUCAUCAUUAUCAUUAUAUACAAUAUCCGGCUCAAUAUCUGCAACAACAGCAGCAACAGCCGCAGCAGCAAUGUCAGUGCCCCUGUUCCUGUGGAAGAGCCACAGCAAUUCAGCAACAGCCGCCGCAUCAGCAGCAGCCUCAGCAUCAAAAUGCUUCCAUGGCUGUCGCGGUGCUCGUCCAUCAGCAGACCUCAACGUCGACAGCCACAUCGACACCUGUCCAGCAGGUGGGAGUGAAGGCUCAGUCGGCACAAUCUCUGCUCAAUCACUCCUACCAAGCCCUGCCCAACGAGGAAAAUCACAAUUUGCCCUUUGACAGCUCGACUCUCAGCUCUCCGCGCUGCGAAUGUGAUCUCGAGUGCAGCUGUGGUGCCAAUAGCAUCUCCGUCUCCAUCUCGCAGCAGCAGCACAAGCGUAGCCUCCUCGCAGAUGCGAUGCUCGGCGCCGAUGAGAUAACGGUCAGUGAAUCGGACAAUAACAGCACCAUGAUYAAGAAGAAGAAGCCACGAAAUGCGAACAACAUAGCGGAUCAGUUGCCAGCCAAGACGGACAGCUGCAAUGACAUCUACCAUGACACGGAGCUCGAAGCGGGUGCAGCUGCGGCAGCUUCCUCUGCUGGUGGACGCGCCAAAUCUCAAGGCUUGGAUGAUCAUCGUCCGCCACUGCCGCCACGCCCACCUCCCAGGCCAAGGAGUAAUGCCAACGGUUCCAUUGCUCAUCGUCCUGGUGCUGGCAUUAAGAAGUAUGUGGUGUGGUGCCUCAUCUGCGGUGGCUUCAGCUGCCUCCUGGGCGUUCUCUUCCUGGGCGUCUACUUCUUGUUGCAUUCGUAUACCAUAACCGUGGGCAACUUUGAAACUGUGCCCACUUUUGUGCCCGCCACACUGCUCAUUCUGACGGGUGUUUGCAUCAUGAGUCUGGCGCGUCGUCGGAAUCGUUAUAGCUAUUUGAUCAAGCUAUCAGGUGCUUGUGGUUUAGUCUCGGCUUUAACCUGCGCCCUGGUCACCGUCACCACGACGGUGCUCCACAUGAGCCGACUGCAGGCGUUGCGUGAAUGCGAAUACGCUCAGAAGACGCGCACCUGCACCUGCUACUCGGAUCUGAUUGAGUCCCAGGUGGAUCGUGUGGACAAAGAAGGUGUGCGUCUGGUCUUUGAUUCGCUCUCCGACUGUGGAGUCGUCCAUGGCUCGCUCUACUCGUGUCUGCGCGCCAUUUUUGGACUCUCUGUGGCUGGAGUCCUGAUUGCCGUGUUCAGCUGCAUGCUGGUCUAUCAGCUGCUCAGCCAUGAGCGCAAGAAGAUGUACUGGGAGCAGCUGGAGCUGCGCUGUCGUUCGUUGUAUGCCACACAGGCACCGCCUCCGCCCCAUAGUCUAAGUGCACCGGGGCGCAUGCUCAAUUGUCGUUGCUGUGAGCAGUGCCACGCCCAUCGGCAACUGACAAACUCCUAUCCCUGGGAUGAGGCCAGCGCAGCUGCCGCAGCAGCAGCCGUAGCAGCAGGAGCAGGAGUUGGUCCUGGCGCGGAGCAACGUUUCUGGACCGCGCAGCCACCGGGGAACUUUUACUCACCCAAUCCGGGUGGCGGCGGCGAGGAAGCACUCAGUGGCUGUCGCAAUGGGCGCAGCGGCUGGAGCUGGCCGCGAAUGCCUUGGCAACGCACAACGCCGGAUGCGACACGUAGAUUUCGACAAGCCGCAGCCAGUCCGGACUCGCAAUAUGGAUUCAGUUCAGCGACAGCUGUAGCCGAUGGCAAUCAGAUGUUGAUUGAGGAACCUGUGGUGGCAUUGGCUACAUUGCCCUACGGCGUCUGGGGUCCUCCACCGCCGUACAGUGAUCCCAAUAGUCCAGCUAGACGGGGGUACUAUCAAUAUCUUCAAGCGGUCAAUCCCGCCAUGCCACAGCAGUUGCAGCAGCAUCAACAACAGCAGCAGCAGCAACAGCAACAGUUGCAGUUGCAACAGGAGCAGCAAAUGCCUCAACAAUCGGUUCAGUCAGCCACACUGGAGCGCAUGGACAAUCUAAGUGUUGGUGGAGGAGGCGGCGGGUGCACUACAUCAUCUGUCACUGGCUACAAGGCCAAAGCUGUUGGCCACGCGGAAUACGAGAAUACGCACUCGGACAGCGAUGGCUGCAAUGGUUGGAGGGAACGCGAUCGUUGCUCCAACACCUUGCCCACGCGCAAGCUGAAGAAGCGUAUCGAGGCCGGCGCCAAGAGCAUUGGGCCACAGAAUACGCAAAACAGCAGCCAGCAGAGACCAAAUGUCCAGCAGGUGUUUGCCAAACAGGAGCCAGCCGAGGAGGAGGAGGAAGAGGAAGAGCAGAUGCAGGCACAACCACCAGCUGUCAAUGGGGUGGAGAACAAUGGCUACCAGGACUCCAACGGAGCUAUUGCCAAGGGCCAGGAAGCUGCCGAAUCGGAGGUCUAUUUCGCAGAUGUGAGCAGCUGCUGCAAUGAGAACUACUAUCAUCAACCACAUCAACAGCCUCACCAGCAUCACCAUCAGCACAGCAACUGUAGCAGUAAUCAAAGCGGCAGCAACAACAACAACGAGGAUUAUCUAGCGCAACGUUUUGGCCGAAGGGAGCACUCGAUCCGGAGUCGCUUGCCCAUACCACAAGCACGACUCGAGGAUGACUACGAGAGCUCCAAUCUAAAUAUACCAACGCUCAAGAGCGCCGCCUUGGAUCAGCAGCAACAGCAACUGCAGAAGGAUAUCUCUCGGCAAAGUAUGUGCUCUGUGGAAUCUGAGGCUAAAACGGAGUUCACAGAUCUGUCGCCAUCGACGCCUUGCGAUGGUGGAUUGCAGCAGCUGCCGCCGCCCCCUGCCAAUUUUGCCAGCGAUCCACCUGCCGCGCAGUCAACGACUGCCAACUUUGUGGCCUCGUUUCCCUACUCAUCGGAAUCGCAGUGUCUGGAGGCACAUCGGCGCUCGACAAAAAAUAUACACGAGCUAUUGCUGGCUGGGAAUGGCACUAGCAACGAUUCCAUUCACGCUCCUGCCCACUAUGAGAUAAUCAACGAUCGCUAUCAGCUGCAACGCUCGGCUGCCGGCAGCAGCAAGCAGCACAAAUCCAAAUCGAAGAGUCGUUCGAGAGAGCAUUUGGAAAUCUAUGAAGGUAACCGUUGUCCGGGCGCCGAACGCACCGAUUGGUCCGAAGGUAAACGUUUGUGAGACGAAAUUGAAGUUUUCGUCUAGGUUUCAUAAACAACACUCACACUCAUACACACACGUCUACACUUUGCUGACUUGCUUAUGAUUUGUGAAAUGAUUGCCAUCCAAAAUGAAGUCGAAUACAAUUCUAUUCGAUCUCUACGUAAGCUUAGUAUUUCUCUCCCACGCGCUCUAUGUUCCAUGUCUUCUAUGUUCCUGCUUCCCGCGUUUAAUCACAUAGCUUCAAUUGAGGCGAGCACACACCCACACAUUCACAGUUAACUCUCUUGCCUAUGAUUUGUAAACAGAUCCUGGCAUAUGCAUACAUAUGUAUGUAUGUAAUGUUUGCCAUCCAUAAUGAACUCGAGUACAGAUAUUUUCGAUCUCUAAAUGAGCUCAAUCUCUAUCUCUCUUUCUCUCUUUACUUCUCUGUCUUUGGCCCGUUUUACACUAAGGUCCAUGCGGCCAUCAACUAUGCUUUAACUUGACAUUUUUACGUAGCACACAAGUACUUCUUAUAUAGUAAAUAAUAUAUCUAUACAUAAAUCAUAUUGUAGUUUGUAUUGAAUGUUGACACUGUAGCAUUGGUAUUCUAUGAAAAUAUUAAACAAAUUAUGUUGCUUACUUGUGUAUUUAAAUAGCUCACACAAUCCGAUACAUAAAUGCAUAUUUAUACAAACACACACGAAAAUAUAUAUUAUAUAUAUAUAAAUAGUURGUUAAACGUUAGAUUGCAAGUUAAAUUUAUAACA